AUGCUUGGAUUUGGUCGUCCUCGUCUUAAACACCAAAAGUCCAUUGUCGAAUUCAUCACUGGCAAGAGCAUCGAGGACCUCUCCGACCUCAAGUACCUUCACCAACAGCUUGGUCUCCCUAAUCUUAUCGAGGACGAUCUCGAGGGGGAGCUUUCUGGUCCCAGCUUCUCUGACACCUCCGUCUUUGCCUUCCCGCAACCCCUACAGGCUCUCCAUUCGACUGCACACACAUACAGAAGGAUGCCAGCCGCCAAAGAGAGUGGUAUCGGCCAUGACCACCAGAAUGGGACCAUUUUCUCCGUUUCUGGCCCGGUCGUGGUCGCGGAGAACAUGAUCGGUGUAGCUAUGUAUGAGCUGUGCAAGGUUGGCCAUGACGAGCUGGUCGGCGAAGUCAUCCGCAUCGAGGGCGAUAAAGCCACAAUUCAAGUGUACGAAGAGACGGCCGGUGUUACCGUUGGAGAUCCCGUCCUGAGGACUGGCAAACCGCUCUCUGUUGAACUUGGCCCUGGGCUUAUGGAAACAAUCUACGACGGUAUCCAGCGUCCAUUGAAGAACAUUGCCGAUACGACCAAGAGCAUCUACAUUCCCCGCGGCAUUGCUGUCCCUGCCCUCGACCGAGAAAGAAAGUGGCCGUUCACUCCAACCAUGAAGGUCGGCGACCAUAUUAGUGGUGGAGAUGUUUGGGGAAAGGUCGUCGAAAAUAGUCUUCUGCAUGAACAUCGAAUUCUCAUGCCUCCGCGGGCCAGAGGGACCAUCAAGAAGAUUGCACCCAAAGGAGAAUAUACAGUCGCUGAGCCAUUGCUGACCGUGGAGUUCAAUGGCGAGACCAAGGAAUAUCCCAUGAUGCAGUCAUGGCCAGUUCGAGUACCAAGGCCUGUCAAUGAGCGUCUUCAAGCAGAUUCUCCCUUCAUUGUCGGUCAACGUGUGCUUGACGCCCUCUUCCCUUCUGUCCAAGGAGGCACUGUCUGUAUCCCUGGUGCCUUCGGUUGUGGCAAAACUGUGAUCUCGCAGUCUGUCUCGAAGUUCUCCAAUAGCGACAUCAUUGUUUAUGUUGGAAACCGAUGUGGGGAGAGGGGGAACGAAAUGGCAGAGGUGUUGAUGGACUUUCCGGAGCUCUCCAUCACUGUCGAAGGCCGAAAAGAGCCAAUUAUGAAGCGGACUUGCUUGAUAGCCAAUACUUCGAAUAUGCCGGUUGCAGCACGGGAGGCCUCCAUUUAUACCGGAAUUACUGUAGCGGAAUAUUUCCGGGAUCAGGGAAAAGCUGUUGCCAUGAUGGCGGAUUCAUCUUCUCGAUGGGCGGAAGCUCUUCGAGAGAUUUCUGGGCGUUUGGGUGAAAUGCCUGCAGACCAAGGUUUCCCCGCUUACCUGUCUGCCAAACUGGCGUCCUUUUACGAACGAGCAGGCGCAGCGACUACUCUGGGAUCUCCGGAACGCAAGGGUAGCAUUUCGAUUGUUGGAGCCGUCUCGCCUCCCGGAGGAGAUUUCUCGGAUCCAGUCACAUCAGCCACUCUGGGUAUCGUGCAGGUCUUUUGGGGGCUUGACAAGAAAUUGGCACAGCGGAAGCACUUCCCCAGCAUCAACACGUCGCUGUCGUACAGCAAAUACACCAACAUUCUGGACAAGUUUUACGCCAAAGACCAUCCGGAAUUCCCCAAGCUGCGUGACCGCAUCAAAGAGCUCCUCUCCAACUCUGAAGACCUUGACCAGGUUGUGCAACUUGUGGGCAAAUCUGCAUUGGGCGACCCUGACAAGAUUGUGCUUGAUGUGGCAGCAAUGUUGAAGGACGACUUCUUACAACAGAACGGAUACAGUGACUAUGACCAGUUCUGCCCAUUGUGGAAGACCGAAUACAUGAUGAAGGCGUUUAUGCAAUUUCAUGACGAGGCGCAAAAGGCGGUGGCAAGCGGUCUGAACUGGGCCAAGGUGCGAGAAGCCACAUCCGACAUCCAGCAUGGCCUGCGCAGCAUGAAGUUCGAACUACCCGACAACCAAGAAGAAGUCUCCGCCAAAUAUGACAGAUUGCUGCAGAGCAUGUCGGAGAAGUUUGCGAGUGUGAGCGAUGAAUAA